AAAAGAACAUUUAUUAUGGCGUCCGUUCUUCCUCUUCCUUAUCUCCUCCAGUUCUGCUUCUACCUGUAGUUCCUCUCUUGGAGCUCGCGCCCCAUCACGAGCACUUCUCUCUCUCUCUCACAAAGUAGUAAAAGAAAAAGUGUUGCGAAAAACCAAGCAGAUCGAAAACCUUCAAGCAGUGGUCAAUUGAGGAGAGAUUAGAUUUGGAAAUUUAUGCGAGUGAGGAAUUGGGGAAAGUAAAUUUUGAGACACAAUGAAGAGAAAUCGAGAUCGAGAUCGAGAUCGAGAGCGAGACAAGGGAGAGAGUUCAUCAAUGGGGGCGGAGAAGGGGAAGAUGUGGCAAGACCACCCCGAUGAUGGGAUUUGUGGAGGAGGAGGAGGCGGAAUGGAUGAGCUGCUGGAGGUGUUGGGAUACAAGGUGAAAUCAUCGGACAUGGCUGACGUGGCGCAGAAGCUUGAGCAGCUGGAGAUGGUCAUGGGUACUGCUCCUGAUGAUGGGAUUUCUCACCUUUUGUGUGAUACUGUUCACUACAACCCCUCUGAUCUAUCUGGGUGGGUACAGAGCAUGCUCUCUGAGCUCAACAACGCUUCACCACUCGCUGCUGCUUUUGAUGUCGGUCACAACCACUCGGUCGUUGUUGACGAUUCUCUGUUGCUUCCAGGUGAUUCUUCGACUAUUACAGGUACAGGUACAGGUACUACUACUACUACUACUCGGACUCCCACCACCAUUGAUUUUGCUACUCCACAGUUACAACAACAGUCUCGAAUUUACGAAGACAAUUCCGAGUACGACUUGAGUGCGAUUCCCGGUGGUGCCAUCUGUAAACACAAGGAAAAUUCGAGGAGGGAAAAUGGAAAUAAUAAACGCAUCAAAACUGUUUCCAUUAGAUCUGAUGAUCAUCAGUCGGAGAUUGGUGCUGGUGCGAGGCCGGUGGUGCUUGUGGAUUCGCAAGAGGCCGGAGUCCGACUGGUUCACACCUUGAUAGCAACACCUUUACCUUCUACCCUCUCCAAGUUUUUCUGUUCGAGUUCAGUCAGCUUGCCAAUCACCUCUUUCUCCUUCCCUUGA